AUGGUUUGGUGGACGCACACCAACAAAAGUAAAUAUGAAAUAAAGGAGUGGUUAUGUUUUAAAUCUGUGCCAGAUAUGGUCAUUCAAACGGUUAACGUGAUGUAUGACUGCCAUGAUCCUAAUGUAAAUGGCUAUGAAUAUCACAUUUUAACGAAUGCUGGUGUCAAUAUUUUUAAUGUGGAUUUAACACAACACGAUCAGGAAUUCUUCCGAGCUGUUAAAGAAACUUUAUUGUUGAGUGAGAAGAUUGAGAAAGAAUAUUCUCGUAACUAUUACAGACCGAUCGGUUUCUCAGUCACGAUUUCUGUGAAAGAACCUUACGAAUUGGAUGACAGGGUUGAUAUUGUAAUUUUAAAGGAUAUUACAAAGAUGAAAGAACUGCUUGAAUUUCGGAAACAAAAUGAAAAAUUUAAGUCGAUGCCAAUUUUAAUAUGGCCUUCAUAUUAUGGAAUUGAUGAUCUUAAUGAAUUAAUUAAGAGGUCUGCUGGAAUAAUUUUAGAGAAAAAUUUCUUGGACAGUAAUUUGGGUGAUUUUUUGCGUGUACUCAAAUUCGCUAAAGAGGCUUUUAAACCUGUGUUCCACAUUGAAUCAAACAUGGUGCAAGAUUACCACAAUGACAUUUCUCAGUCACAAGCCCGUAGAAUUCUCACUCAUACCAACAACAUAAUAAACUACGGGCUAGACGGUGUCGUGGUUGUUGAAUGUGCUGGAAAAUCAGCUGAAACUUUCAUACGAGCUAUUGUGAGGGCCACAGAACUAUCACGGCAAGAUAUUAAACGUCGCAAGAAAUAUUUCGAUUGGAGCUUUCAGGUGAAGACACCAGUCCUCCCACCAAUAUCAUCUGCUUUUGGUGCAUCCGCUGCAGCGCUGUAUUGUAAAGCCAAAGCCAUAAUAGUGUUGACAAUGUCAGGUGCUUCGGCCAGACUAUUGGCAAAGACAGCACCGCCUUGCCACAUAAUAGCAGUAACUGCUCAUGAAUCUACAGCUCGAUACUUGCAUUUAUAUUUGAAGGUGUUGCCAGUCUAUUACAAAAAAAGUCGUGAGACAAGCUGGCACGAAGAAUACAUGGCCCGGGUGGUAUUUGGCACACAAUUCGGCUUUGAAAUCGGACUAUUAGACUACGCAGCCAAAUUAGUGGUGCUCGCACCACUAGAUGAAGGUUGUGGAUAUUGCAACGGUUUCCAAAUACUUGAUGUGUCGCAGGUGGUAAAAUCACGUGCGAUAAGUAAAGCAAACUUCUGA